AGAUACACAGGGCGAUCUAUUCUUAGAACCAGAUCCAUUACCUUGGACUUCCCAGCUCACCCAAAGGCACUGUAUCCAGUUUCAUCUCUCUCUGGGCUGUAGUGGAAGACAUAUCUCAACCUCCUUAUUCAAAUGAAAAGUACAGAACAAGUGUAUUCUUACAAGUUCUGUGUAAGUUUCUAACAUAGUGAUCUCGGCUGAGCAGGUUCAAGAAUUAAAUUAAGUGGCGAAGUCGGGUCCCGGAAAAACAAAUCUGCUGCCUCAGUUCUUCAAUGAGAUGAACUUAAGCAAUUACCUAAAAUAUGGAUACAGAUAUUGAUUUGGACAUUGAAGGAGUCCCAGAGAGCUCAUGGUCCAUAAUCUCCCUGCUAGCAUCCUGCAUGAUGGUGUUUGGAGGAGUUGUUCCCUACAUCCCACAAUAUCAAGAAAUCCAGAGGACUUCCAACACUGAUGGGUUCUCAACACGUGUGUGCCUUGUUCUGCUGGUGGCUAAUAUUCUUAGGAUUUUCUUCUGGUUUGGAAAGCAAUUUGAGAUCACACUGCUUUUGCAGAGUCUAGUGAUGAUCCUUACUAUGCUGGCCAUGCUUCAUCUUUGUUGCUCUGUUCAAACAACCAGCAGAAUUGUCACUAAACAGCAUCAUUUCACAGAUUUUGACCUGAGAUAUUUUUGGAGCUGGAGCCAUAUAGAAGACUACUUGUUGUUUUGCUUCUCCUUCACUGUAUUGUGUGCCUUCAUUACCUUCCUCUUCCUCGACUCAGUCCUCUUUGUGGAGACACUGGGAUCACUGGCAGUGCUUAUCGAAGCUAUGCUUGGUGUACCACAGUUAAUACAGAAUUUCCAGAACCGGUCAACUCAGGGUAUGAGCAUUAAGAUGGUGUUGCUGUGGAUGUCAGGAGACAUUUAUAAAACGGCCUAUUUUAUUAUCAAGGAGACACCAGCCCAGUUCUGGCUAUGUGGCAUCAUGCAGAUUUGUAUUGACAUCGCUAUUCUGUUCCAGGUAUUUUUCUAUGGACAAGGUGCUCAUGUAAAGUAUGGAUGAUAUCAAGAUUUAAAUCCAAUACGCCUACUGGCAGGUCAGCUUGCAGAAAACUCAAGUCACCAAUAUUGUGCCAGUAAGUGGACCUGAUAGGACUGCAAAUCAUUGAUACCAAUUUCAAACUUCUGAUGAUACAAGUUAAAGUCGUAAAUGUUAACUCAAAAGUAAAGCUGGAAGGAAAGGCCUUCUUUGUUACAUUGUCACCCUUUCUGUUUUCUGUUUUUUUAUUAUUAACAACAUUAUUUAUUCAAAUGUACAGGGUGGUCCAGUUCUAAUUAUGC